GUCCCUGCUGUCCCUCCGAGUUCUGUGAGAUACUGUUCUCAAAAACUAUUUUCUGCCGAAGCCGUAACUAUGAGUGCAGAACGCGCAGUCACCACAAAGACCUAUAAACUGAGCGAUGGAAGCGUGAUUCCUGCCGUUGGCUUUGGGGGAAUGCAGUGUUAGCCCUGGCCAUCCGCGCAGUGGCAGACAUGACGCAAAAUGAGCAUCAACUAAGAAAGAAAUAUGUCGAAUAGAUGGCAUGAUCUUCCCGGAUGAAGAUAGGCCCAAAGUCACCGAAAUCCUCAAACAGGCCAUACUUGCAGGAUACCGUUAUAUAGACACUGCACCAAUGUAUGCCACGGAGGACCUUCUUGGUGCGGCCAUCCGAGCCUCAGGUGUACCCCGCUCCGAAUUGACGGUCGUGACCAAGCUCGUGCAAACCCAGCAUCAUGACCCUAAGGCUUCGUUACGCGAGUCCCUGGCGAGGCUAGGUGUCGGUUAUAUUGAUAUCUUCCUCAUGCACUGGCCCAAUGCUUCGGGCGAAGACGGGCGAUGGAGAAGCAUUGAAGAAAGCCCCACGUUCGUGGAGACGUAUAAGAAGAUGGAAAAACUUGUCGGCGCUGAGUGUAGGAGUAUUGGGGUGUGCAACUUUUCACAGAAGACGCUGGACGUGUUGUUGAAAGAAUGCACGAUUAAGCCGGUGGUUAACCUUAUUGAAGUGCAUCCAUACAAUCCAAAUUUGAAGCUCGUUCCGUAUUGUCUGGAAAGAGGGAUUCGGGUAAUCUCUUGGGGACCUCUUGGUGGUGGACCGAAGAGUCUCUAUUUCGAUACCUCGCCUAUGUACUCCCACCCAACCUUGACCUCGCUUGCAUCUCGAUAUAAUGUUUAAUUUCCUGGCUGGUCAAGCGUGGCAUCGUUCCCAUUCCACAUUCGGCCUCGCGGGCCCGGAUGGACGAGAACCUGCGUCCGGUUUCCCUGACAGACCAGGAGGUAGAGCAGAUAAGCAAUAUGCACAAACAGAUCGGGCAGCGGAGGCUAAUUGACUCCGUCCCAUUUGCCUGGGGUGAAGUUCCCGGAAAGGGACACGCGAUUAUGGGUUGGACUGUGCAGGAGAUGGGAUAGGAGGACGCAGCGGGCAAUGUGCUGGUUUAGCCGGCUCGCCCAAGAAUAGCUGCUGAAUGCUAGCGUUGUGGAUGUAACGGAUAUUGUUAUCCGGACAGCUAAACGUUCAAGGAUCAUGAGCAUUUCCUGUUUCAUCCGCCCUUUAGUAUUUAAAUUUUGUUGAAUUAUAACCUAAUGAUGACCGGAUAUAUUGAUUUCUGCCAAUACACAAUUGGCAAACCGACAAACCUGCCCUAAAAUAGAUCUCAUUGCCUGCCAACGGAGUGCGUGCCCAGGAGCAUGGCAUGGCUUGCG